AUGAGAGGCAUCCAGCUGGCGCAGUAUGUGAAGGGGCCGUAUGAGCUCAAGGUCUCAGAGCUGCCAGAUCCUAAGCCGGGCCCGGACGAGUAUCUCAUCGAGGUCCAUGCGGCAGCGACAAACUUCUUUGAUAUCCUGCAGAUCCAGGGCAAAUACCAGCAUCAGCCUCCAUUUCCCUGGAUCUCGGGGGCCGAAUUCGCCGGGGUUGUGCUGGCCACGCCAUCAGGGUCCAAGAACCCCAAGUUCCCCGUCGGCUCCCGCGUGUUCGGAGCCACUCAGGGCGCAUAUGCCACCAAGGCAGUUGCCAGGGAGGUCAGCAUGUUGCCUGUCCCGGAGGGCUGGAGCUACAGAGAGGCAGCUGGGCUGUUUGUGACGGCACCGACAAGCUACGGUGCGCUGGUUGUCCGUGCCGGAGUCAAAGCGGGCGACUACGUUCUCGUCCAUGCAGCCGCCGGAGGUGUCGGCCUUGCUGCUGUUCAAGUUGCAAAGGCGUUUGGCGCAACCGUCAUCGCCACAGCCGGCACCCAGCGCAAGCUCGAGGUGGCCAAGUCCUUCGGCGCCGACCACGUCGUCGACUACCGCGAUCAGAAAUGGCCCGAAAUUGUCAAGAAGUUGACGCCCAAGGGCAGAGGUGUCGACAUUGUUUACGACCCUGUGGGCCUGGUCGACAAGAGCACCAAGUGCACAGCCUGGAAUGGCCGGGUCCUGAUUGUCGGGUUUGCUGCCGGCACGAUCGAGAAGGUGGCUAUGAACAAGGUGCUGCUCAAGAACAUCAGUCUAGUGGGCAUCCACUGGGGCCAAUAUGCGGUUCAUGAGAAGGAAACGGUCGUCAAGGUGUGGCAGGGCAUCAUGAAGCUGAUAGCCGAAGGGAAGUUCAGGGGCACCGAGUUCACGGACAAGGAGUUCGUGGGGCUCGAGGCUGUUCCAGCCGCAUUGAAGGCUCUUGGGAGCAGAGAGACCUGGGGGAAACUGUUCUCCUCGUACUUAAGACGCACCCUCCGCUCCAGCGCUACCGGUUUCUCCGUAGCUGCUGCCGCAACGCUCUCCAAGAAGACCGCCACGCCGUACCACAGUGAGAUACAGACAAUUGGAAAGCGGAGGAUGCACAACAAGGUUGUCAUCAUCGGCUCCGGGCCGGCGGCCCAUACUGCCGCCAUCUACUUGGCCCGCGCCGAGUUGAAGCCCGUCCUCUACGAGGGCUUCAUGGCCAACGGUAUCGCGGCGGGCGGCCAGCUGACCACGACCACCGAGAUCGAGAACUUCCCAGGCUUCCCGGAGGCCGUGACGGGCCAGGAGCUGAUGGACAAGAUGCGCAACCAGUCGGAGCGCUUCGGCACCGUCAUAGUCACCGAGACGGUCGCUAAGCUCGACCUUUCCAAGCGGCCCUUCGAGUACGCCACCGAGUGGAGCCCUGACGAGGUGCACACCGCCGACGCCAUUAUUCUGGCAACGGGGGCGUCCGCCCGCCGGCUCGGGUUGCCCGGCGAGGACAAGUACUGGCAGAACGGUAUCUCGGCAUGCGCAGUCUGCGACGGGGCGGUGCCGAUCUUCAGAAACAAGCCGCUAGUGGUGAUCGGAGGCGGGGACUCCGCCGCCGAGGAGGCCAUGUUCCUGACCAAGUACGGCAGUCAUGUGACGGUGCUCGUGCGGAGGGACAAGCUGCGUGCGAGCAGCAUCAUGGCGAAGCGGCUGUUGAAUAACAAAAAGGUUACGGUGCGGUUUAACACCGUGGGAGUCGAAGUCAAGGGCGACGAGAAGGGCCUGAUGAGCCACCUCGUCGUCAGGAACGUGACUACCGGUCAGGAAGAAACGCUCGAGGCGAACGGGUUGUUCUACGCUAUCGGCCACGACCCAGCCACGACUCUCGUCAAGGGCCAGCUCGAGACGGACGAGGACGGCUAUGUCGUGACGAAGCCGGGCUCUACACUUACUAGUGUGAAGGGUGUGUUCGCGGCGGGGGAUGUCCAGGACAAGAGGUAUCGGCAAGCGAUUACCAGCGCAGGCACCGGAUGCAUGGCUGCCCUGGAUGCGGAGAAGUACUUGGCCGACCUUGAAGAGGAGCAGGUGGACGGAACAGCAAGCAAUGGCAAGAUAUAG